AGUUUUGCAAUAGUUGCUAUACUUAUUACUCUUUGGUUGACAGAUCGUGGACUGUUGUAAACAUAACCUAAAUAUUAUUUUUAUAAUCAGGUGUUAUAUUAUUUAAGCUAUAUUAAUGAUGUUUAAAAUACCAGCUUGGGAAGAUGAUGUCCCCAAAACUGAUGCCAUUGCCCUGCCAAUUAUGCAGAAAGUUAAGAAAAAAGAAAAAUCUACAAUAGACAACAGUAAACAAACUAAAGUAGAUAAUAAUGUUAAAGAAAAGAAUGACAAAAUCAAAGGCAAUGGCCCUAAAAAGGCAGCACAAAAACGAAAGAUUGAACAAAACACAACAAACAAAACGAAAAAAGAUACAACACCAAAUAAAAAGAGGAAAAAAAUUGAGGAAGAUGUUGAAAUACCAGAAUCACAGAACUUCGAUGAAGUACUACUAAACGCUAAAAAGAAAAAGUUUAACCAAGUCAUUGAAAAUGAUGACAAAGAAGAUGUAUUGUUUACUGAAAAGAAACAGAAGAGUAAUAAAAACAAAAAGGUUAAAAAUGGCAUCAUGGGUACAAAGGAUAAUAAUUCAAACUCAAAGAUAGUAAAAAAUCAGAAUAAUAAGGGAAAUAGUGAAGUUGUAGAGAAUGUUGAACGUGUUGAUAAGAAAAAAGCUAGAUUUAAACAGUUGUUAGAUAAAACUAGUAGUCUUCGUAGACCUAUUAACACAAGUAACACUGGGAACAAGCUGAGAGAUAGAAUGCUGGAGAGAUUAAAAGCUGCUCAAUUCCGAUAUUUAAAUGAGAAGCUGUACACAUCAUCAGGGUCUGAAGCCCAGCAAUUGUUCCAGAAUGACCCAAAUGCCUUUGAGACAUACCACCAAGGAUAUCAGCUGCAAGUCAAGAAGUGGCCCGUCAAUCCACUUGAUGUUAUUAUUAAGAAAAUUAUGAAAAUGCCCAAAACCCAUACCAUAGCAGACUUAGGUUGUGGAGAAGCGGCAUUGUCACGGCGAGUGCCUCACAAAGUGCGCUCCUUCGACCUGGUGGCCACUGCGCCGGGAGUGGAGGCCUGUGACAUGGCACGGACACCACUACUGUCUGCCUCCAUGGAUGUCACUGUCUAUUGCCUCGCUCUGAUGGGCACUGACUUAACUCAGUAUCUGCUUGAAGCUAACCGUGUGCUGAAAAUGGGAGGCCAUCUUUUAAUAGCUGAAGUAGAAAGUCGUUUCGAUAAAGUGGAGGACUUUGCGAAGGAGGUGGAGAGACUUGGAUUCAAACUGAAACAGUUGGAUAAGAGCAAUAAAGUAUUCUACUUCAUGGAGUUCACCAAGAUCAGAGACCCGCCCGUGAAGAAGGCUAAACUACCAGCGUUAACAUUGAAACCAUGUUUGUACAAAAGACGAUGAAUAAAUCAAAUUCAUGAAUAA